AUUGAGAGACAGGUUGUUUACAAAUGGCUGCCACAUAGAGCACAUGAUAUAUGAUUGAGAAGACAUAUACAACAGCAUUUACUUGAUUGGCUGCAAUCUGCAAGAAGCAGGAUGGGUGUUCAUGAUUUUGAAGCCAUGUUUGAUACAGUAGAUCUCACCAGGAAAGGAGUUGUCACAGCUGAACAACUACAUGAGUUCUGUGAAAAUCUCUAUUACACACCCAUCUGUAUACAACACAUAGAGGGAGCUAUCAAAGUGGUGUGUGGCUCAUCAGGCAUGGUGACACGCCAAGAGUUCCUUGAUGUUCUGACCGAGGUCGAGAGACGAAGAGCCACAGAAGAGGAGGCAUACUGGGAUUUUCAGGGUCUUGACUACACUGGGAGAAAUAGGAUCACUCCCAGUGAUACACUGCUGUUGUUUAAAGAAAUUCAUGGCGAGAAGUUUUCACUAGCGACGUGGCACCGAUUUCUCAGUUCUCGAGAAUACCCUGAAGCAGACGUAUUUUUUGAUGAAGUACGGUUCUGGUUAUGUGACUUACCCGUAGGGUCAGCAUGCUCGGACAAAGACUUAAAAGAAGAAGAGAACAAAAUGUUAAUGCAACAAAUGCAGUUUGAAACAGAUGUGUACAGAGAUAUGCAGGACUCUCUGGAGGAUGAUGACAGCCGGUUGAAAGAGCAAGAAGAACAUGUAGAACAUCAAAUGUCUAAUGCUAGACGGAAAUUAAACAAAUGGAACCAUCAAGGUUUAGAGGCUAUGUUAUUUGAUGAUGGCCUUGACAUUGAUGAAAGCAAGAUCAAAGGCAAACCAAAAGGUCAGGUGAAUAUGAGUGACCUUAAUGAACUGCUUGAGAUGAAAUAUGAGGCUCUGAAAGAGAAGCUGAUGAUGGAGAUGGCGAAACAAGCAGCUGCUGUUGAAGAGGAGAUACCAGAAGUACUUCAGCAGAUACAGAGACAGGUGAAAAUCCUGAUCAGAGAUGGCUCCUCAUAUACAGGUACAGUCCCUGGUGGCAGCUAUCAUAUGUUGGCUUCCUUGGCUGGACUGAUGGGAGAAUUACGUCUGCAUGAUAGGGAACAUCGACGACAGAUUGACGAGAUGAAGGUCAGGCUAAUGGAGAAAGGGAAAUCAGCAAGAGAUAUUGCAACUGCUGUACAGGAUAGAUAUGAACAGAUUAUUUCUGGUGAUUCACUGUGCUCAGGUCUCAUGCUGCAGUUGCAUAGACGACAUCGCCAGGAACGAGAAGCCCUUCUCUCCACUCUUAAAAUAGACAUGGGAAACCCCCUGAAUCAGUCAAUGAUAAUAGAAUAUGCAAGGUUAAUGAGACAGAUCCUCCUGAUGGAACAAGAAGCAGGAUUCGUAUCCGUGGCAACCACUGUAGGGUUGGCAGAACGUGCCAUGGAGCCCAGAAUCGACAGGUCAGACUGGGAUAGAAGUAGAACAGAACGUCUUGCUCAGCUUCGUAUUCAAGAAAGAGUGGGAAAGUCACAGCUGAAAACUCCACAAGAUAUUCCCGACAGGAGCUUCCUGCAGAAACUACAGAUUGUUGAUCUACAAGUCGAGCUGGUCAGAGAAAUGACGAAAAAACAUUUCUAUGAAAGGGAGGCCCUUAUAUUCAUGAUGCAAGGAAGGGAGGCUAAAGACGGCAUUGACAAGGCAAGAAAGAUGAAAGCAGACGACAGGAAGCACCAACUCAAAGUGCUUCAGAGUCAGCACCAAAACUGGAAGAGCAAUCCAAGGGCAGAUAAAACUGUGCUGAGGGGAAUUCUUAUGCAAUCAAUGUGUCUGAGGUAUGAAGAGCGGAAAAAUGACUUAGAGAGUAGUGGAAGUGAAAAUGUUUCUGAUGAGGAAAUGCGUGAAGUUUUACUUGCAGAUUUACAACAACGUCAAGGCUUGGAUUUUGAAGUUACACUACAGGAACUACAGAUAAUGAGCCAAGAUCAGAUGAUAAAGGUAUUUGGUAAGCAGUGUACAGCUAGGAUUGAGGAACACUAUGACAAUAUUGCCAUAGUCAUGCUUGGAACACUCGAUGUCACGGAAGAGGACGAGGAAUAUAUCAAGGCAUUGGAAAGCAAGUAUGAGAGACUGAGGAAGACGAUGUUAUUGAUGUCAUUGAAAGACCAGAUGGAUUGGAGAAGCCUUUCCAAAGAAGAGAAACAAGCUGCAAUGAAAGACAUUAUUAAACAAGAGAAACUCUUCAGAAGUGAAGGAAAAAUGUUAGAUAUGGAGACACUUCUUGGCCCUAAAGCUAAAGCUAAGAUAUUGCCAGCUUUGCGUACAUUGAUUGGUGAAGAUAAAGCAGAGUAUCGGAGGAGAAAGCAACAACAGAAACAUGAUGAAGACCCCAUUGACAAUAAUAAAAUUGUCAACUUGCUUGCUGAUCUGGUACCUCGCUUUGAUAAUGAACAGGAAUAUCUGUUGUCAUGGUUACAUUCUCCUGAAGCCAAGAGUUUAAGUCUGAGAAUGAAGAGAAUGAGAAUUGUUGAGAUUAAGAUUGAAGCAUACAGAGUAGAAGUUGAGGAAGAUUUUGAGACAGCCACACUAAGUAUAGGCUUAAUGGAGAGAGUAAAAGAUACACUCACACUGAGACAUGAAAGUGAUAUAGACAGACAGAGACAGUUGUCAAGGAAACGUGUACAGCAGCGACGACUGCGUCUGCAGCAGCAUGAAGAAUAUACCAAAGAACCAGAGGUCGCCAAGGACAAAAUUCCAGCUUCUGGUGAUAUUACGGGACUGCAAGUUGUUUAUUUACGGGAGAUGUUAAAGCGGCACAGUGAUGAAAGGGAGGUAAUUCUGAACCACCUUCAGGACGAGAGUUUAGAUGACUUGGUAGAGGCGGCGACAACAAUGUCGGAGGAUGAGAGGCAGAGAAGACUGAUUGAACUGCAAGGAAAGAGGCAAAACUUGAAUCUCACAAAUCCAGAUGACAAAGAAGAGCAUGUGAAUAUCUUGGAGGAGGCGGCGGCUCUGAGAGCAGUCAGUGUGAAAGAGCAGCUUGCACAAGCAGGAAACACAAACAAUAUGGAGGCCAUUGCUGUAGUUCUGCUGGCAGAGCUACAAGAGGAACAAGAUAGAGAAGUGGCCAUGACCUUGGAACAGAUUGAGGAUAUGAAUGAGGAAGAUAUCCGUACUUGCCUCAGUAGGGAAAUCAACAAUCGUAGACUUGGUAACGCAUGGAAUGUCAUUGCUGUUUUCACAAGAUACCAAGGGGAGGCCACUGAUGACCUAUUGCUUAAGGCACUAGAAAACAAGUACACAGUUUUACGACAAAAACUAUUGGUUGACUGCAUAAGAAUAAGAAUGGGAACUGACCAAUGGGAGGAGCUGUCUCAGAAUGAAAAACAACAGAAGGUCAUGACCCUUGAUGCUCAGGCAGUGGAACAAAUUAAGAUUGGUCAGAUUAUGCCAUCACUGCUGGGAGAAGGAUUUCAUCUUCAAGAAACUGUCACACAGAUUAUUGGUGUAUGUCAACAUGUGUUCAGAAACAAGGUCAAAGGUCAACAUGUGCUAGGGAACCAGAGUAACUUCAGUAUGGAGGAAGACACUGGAGCAGUUAGUAAGAAAGGACAACCAGAUAAUCCUCUGAGAGAGUUGUAUUCGAGGUUAGAGGAAGAAAGGAAUGCUCUCAACAGGCAGUUGAAAGGACAAUCAGAAGAUCAUUUCAGUGAGAGUGAGCGUCUCGCACAGUUAGCACGUUACCAUAGAGAGGCUCUCUUAGCCAGCCAGGAAGAGGCAUUUGUUACCGUAGCAACAAUGGUUGGCCUCAUGGAAAGACAGCAAGAAGAAAUCAAGUUCAGACUGGUUAAAGAUGCUGAGAGAUAUUUGAAGCUUUCCAAGAAAACCAUUUUAGAUGUACAGAAAGGAAAACAGUCCAGUCUGGAAACAGAGGCACCACAGACUAGAUCUGCCAUUCAACAUGUGGACCAUAUUUUGACUCUACUUGAAACAAAGCAUAUCAAGGAGCGGGAACUAUUUUGUCGUCUGCUAUGGAACACAGAUAAAUUUAGCGAUGCUAAAGAACAAGCAGCCAUGUCUACUCCUCAGGAAAGAGUGAACAAAAUGAAUGAACUCAGAGAUACCAGGGCUAAAACAGUGCGAGGUCGCAGAAGUGAGAAUCUGGAAGUACUAACAGAGGCUACAGUAUAUAAGAAGGAGGGAUGUAGAUUGAGACUUUCCGAGGAAAUAGACGAGGUUACAGAGGAGAGAGUCUGCUGUACACUGAUGGCACUCUUGCUGGAGUAUCAGAACUGUGAGGCAGAAAGACUUAUCAAAACUCUAGCAGCAAAGAAUGAUGAUGGAAUUCAGACAGAGGAAAAGAGGAUUCUAGAAGAAACAAAAUCCAAUAUGGCUGACAAUAUUGCACUAGUAGUGCUCUCCCCUGAUCCAACAGAUGGCACCACAGAUGAUGAAGUCAUUGAUGCUCUGAAGGGGAAAUACGAUGUCUUAAAGGAUAAACUGCUUGCAGAGGCCCUAAUGAAAGAGCUGGGAGAAGCAGAAUGGAAUCGUUUAUCAGAUAAAGAGAGACAAAGAAAGAUUUUUCAGCUAAAGAAGAAAGAGAGACAAUUACGUAAAGCUGGAAAAAUAGAUGAAGCAAAUGCAUUGAUUGCUGAGCUGUUACAAGACCAGGAAAAUUUACGUAAGUUGAUGGGUGAUACUGUACAAGACCAGAGACAGAAACUCCAGGACAGACUCAAACGGAGAAAAGAAAGACUUGCGCAAGGAAUGUCAGAAGAAGAAGUGGAUGAAUUAGAAAGACAAGAGAUAGAGGCUGAGGAAGAGGAAGAGAAGAAGAAAAGACGAAAUAUUCUAGAAGAUCUGGAAUACAGAUUUGAAAAGGAAAAGGAAGAACUUCUACGCAGACUGGGUGAGGCAGAUAAUGAGUUUGACCGAGAACGAGAGAGACAGGCAAAUCUAGCACGCCUCAAGAGGGAUCAAAGACUGGCAGAGAAAGAAGGAAACUUUGAUGGAGCUGCUCUCAUUCUUGGGCUUGCGGAGAAGAGAGAUAGGGAUGCUCGUCUUGCAAAGGAGGAAGAGAGACUGAGACAAGAGAAGCUUGCACGUGAAAGGUUAGAGGCAGCAAGAAAUCGUAAGAAGGAAGGUAAGGAGGAGGAAGAGGACACUGAUAUAGGUCCUGUUGAUACAGAGGAUCCCGCCUCACUACAGGAAGCUAUUGCACAUGAUAUGGAUAGGAGACAUAGACAGGAGCGCAGCAUCUUUAUGAAGUUGAUGGAGGAGAGUGUAGACAGCAAGCAGAGAACAGUUGCCAAGGAGAUGAGCGAUGAUGAACGAGGGGACAGGAUAUUUGAAAUUAAUGAACUGUACAAAAAUUGGAAAAAUUCAGAUGACAAGGAUCUCAAAGAACAGAUGGAGCUUUUGAAGGAUGCAAUCAGUGUGAUGUUAGAGAUAAUACGAUGUGAAUCUGAAGCAAAAGGUCAGAUUGUUACAGAUGACGACCUUCAGGUUAAAUUGUUAGCUGACCUUCAGGAGCAGCAGAGACAUGAAGCCCAAAGAUUGUUGAAUGACCUUCAAGAUAAGGAUCUGAAAGGUUUACAGCAACUUCAUAGGGCUGUAACUAUGCUGAACAAAGACAGUUCCUGUGACAACAUUGCUGCUGUGUUGCUAGGAGACAGGUCAAGGUCAGAAGAUGAAAGUGAAGAGGAAGAGGAAUCAGGGGAGACAACUGAUGCAAGUGUAGUUAAAGCUCUUGAGGAGAAAUACGAUGCUAUGAAGGACAAAUUGCUUAUGGAGGCAUUGAUAAAGGAACAUGGGGAAGCAGAAUGGAACAGAAUGUCAGAGAAACAGAGACAGAAAAAAUUGAUUGACUUGAAACUGAAGGAAAGACAGCUUCGGCGAGAAGGCAAGAUGGAUGAAAUUGCUAAUAUCAUUGGAAGCCAUCUUGAAAAUGAAAAAUUGUUGGAUGACUUCCUUGUGGAAAAUGAGCAGCAACAGAGAGAGAGACUUGAAGCGAGAAUGAAAAGACGUAAACAGCUGAAAGCCGAGAGAGAGGCUGAGGGUCUUGCAGCAGACGAUGCAACAGUCAAUGCGAUUGUAGAAGAGGAGGAGGCAGCUGAAAUGAGGCAGAAAAGGAGGAACAUUCUAGAAGAUCUGCAGAAGAAUUUUGAUGAUGAGAAAGCAAAGUUACUGAAAACAUUAUCACACCAGAAGGACAAGUCAUCUCGAGAACGUCAUCGCCAGAUUGAGCUGGCCAAGUUGAAGAGAGAUGAGCGUAGAAUGAAGAAAGGAGAGAAGUUAAAUGAGAUUGUGAUGAUUAUACAUAGCUCUAAGGAGGAGGAGAGAAGACGUGAAAAGGGGAUUACAGCAGAACGUGAAAGACAGAGAAACGUGGCAAAAGAAAGACUGGAAGCCAGAAAACAGAAGAAACAACAGAAACAAACAAAGAAGGAAGAUGAAGAGAUAUCAGCUCUAGAGGAUGUUGUCAAAGAUUCUGAAGAGCGGAAUAUACAUGAAGCAUUGUUUACUACAUUAGAAGACAAACAUUAUGAGGAGACGGAUAUGUUGAUGGCAAUUCUGGAACUAGCAAAGUCUGACAAGAGGGCUGAUGGAAAGCCUGAUGAGGAAUUGAAAUCACAGUUAACAAAGCUGGAGCAGGAGCAUUUGAAAUGGAGGAAGAGAUCGGUGCAACAAGUGUCAGAGUUAAACGAGGAAAAUUUAACAGCCGAGCAGAGUCAGAAACACAUGUCUGAUGUAGCAAAGAACAGAUCUGACCAGCUCAAAAUUCUUACUGAUGCUUUAGUAUAUAGAUUAGAAGUGGAGAGACGUCUGCUUCAGCAGCAUAGAUCUGACCUAAGUUUUGAGGCACAGGAAGAGGAAGUGGAGGUUGCCUUGGUAACUGAUCUACAGGAGAAACAAACAGCAGAGGGUAGAGCUUUACAGAGACUGUUAGAUGACCAGAAUGAUAAAGUUCUGAAAGAUGUGCGUAAAGGUCAGCAUGUGGCAUGUAGAGAGGGUUGGUUUGACAAUCUGACACGUACAGUGUUCCACGUGUCACACUCUCUCACUGCGUCAGAAGAAGAAGAUGAUAUAAAUGAGAAAUACAAUAAUGCUGUUGCUGAACUGGAGCAAGGUUUGGAGCAGGAGAUACAGAAUGCUAUACAGAAAGCGCAAGAGAAAGGGGAGGAAUUUGACAUGGAGGCAAUCAGAAGAGAAAUAAUGCGUCAGUUUGACGAACAAAAACAGCGAUUAUUGGCAGAGAAGGAGGCUCAGAAAGCUGCAGUGCUACGCAAACUUGAAGCUCACAGGAUGUCACGUGAGCAACAUGACUAUGAGGAUCUGGCAGCAAGGCAACUGCUCAAACAAGCGGAAGAUCAGAUGAAACAGUUAGAGGCUUCUGUGGCUGAGGAGAAAGGAAAACAAUCUAACAUGUUACAACAUAAACUGAGAGAAAGACGGGAUGCUAGGAAGGAGGCAAAGACAAUGAGAGAAGAGUUAGACAGGGAGAGCACUCUGGAUAUGUAUGAUGACAGAAGAGCACCCAGUCAGAGGAGCAGCAAUGACACUCCAUUGCCACCAUUUGGUGGAAUGCGGCGAGAGAAGACUGUUGUAGAUGUGGACAUCACGGAGGACCAGAAACAAGCUUUCCUCGCACAGAUGACACAGCAACAGAGAAACCUCCAGAACAAAAUCUCAGCACAACAGAAGAAACAGGAGGAAAUGUUGAGGCGAAGACUGGAAGCCAGGCAAGGGAAACAAAAAGAGGAGGCUGCAGAGGUGCUCAGUCUGGGGCAUAGACAGAAAACCAUUCUGAUGAAAUCACAGCAGGAUGAGAAGGAGAGACAGUUAACAAAGAUGAAAGAGAAGGUUGCCAAGCAACGGGAGAAGAGGGUACCAUCACCUGGAUUCUCUAAGUUACAGCCAAUAGCAGAGGAUUAGUUUUAGAAGUACUAAAACACACAAGGGGAAGUAAAGAAGAGGAAAACAGAUGAACUCUUUAUGUUGUUAGCAAGAUAAUGUUUUACUAGAAUAACAAAAAUAACUGAAAAUCCAAAAAUUGAACAAGGUCAGACUUGAAAAAUAUUGGAAAUGUGGAACAUGACUUGAUUAACUCAGCAGACAGAUGGACAGACAGAUGUGUAGGACAAUCAUUACGAUCAAGAUAAUCAAAAUUUGUUGUUGUUGUUGUUGCUAAUUAUUAAGUUAUUAACUAUAUGUAGAGACUGACUUUUUUCAAUAAAUCAUGUCUUGAUCUAGUAAUAGAUAAUCCCAUUAUAAAGAGAUAUUCUAUAGAUCUUUUUUUAUUUUUUUGUUGUGUCUUUUUCUUGUAUUAAUUAUCUAGUUAUUGACAAUGAGAUUCUAUCGGCACAGGCUAUCAACUAAUUAAUAGAUCGGAUUUCCAGCCAAACGUGUCCUGGUUUAUAUAAACUGUAACACAAAGUAAACCAGCAUUGAUUAAUUAAUCAGUAAAUUAGUUACUUGAUCAAACAAUAGUACAAGAGUCUUUAUCUGGUUGGAUAUCUUGACAUUAUUUACUAAUCAAUGGCUAACACUAUAGGUAUCGCACAGUAAUAAGGCACUUUGAAAUGUAAACAAACAAAACAAUAGCAUAAAUCUAAAUCAAUACACUACGUUUAUGAUGCAAACAGUAAUUCCUCGUUGACCGAGCAGUAACGGUAUUGGUGUUGUACGUUUUCAUCGGGAGUUUGAUUCCCAGACCCAUAAAACAUUUAUUUUUAAAACUGUAUUUAAUUUAUUUAUUUUUUCAGUACGAUUCAACGAAAACAACAAGAGUUGGUUAAUCUAGUACUAACUUGUUCACUAACUUAUAUAUGUCACGGUUAACACGUAAUUAUGUUUAAAUACGCAUCAUCUUUAAUAUGAUCUAAUGUUUUUGAAGCUUUAGCGAAUGAAUUAGAAACUAGAGAAAAACAAACUUACACAAAGUAUGUAAAUUAAAAUGCAAAAUGAAAAAAAUAUUGGACGGAUGCAUGGUUCGAACCAUCAAAACUAUCGCUACAAAAUGAUUACAAGUCAAUCCACUCAACCUACUGCGCCGUCAAGGCAACUAUUCAACUUAUUAUGUCCCCCACCACACAGUGGUGUGGGAGACAUAUUGAUUUACUCCUCUGUAUGUGUGUGUCUGUGUGUCAGUCUGUCACAAAUUUUAUCCGCACUCUAAAUCAAAAAUUUCUCAUCUGAUCUUCACUAAACUUGAACAAAAUGUGUUUGCCAAUAAGUCCUCGGCCAAGUUCGAUAACUAGCCAAAUCGGCCUAGGCACUUGGGAAUUAUGGCCCUUGAAACUUGUUUUUGAUAAUCAAAGCACUGAAAGUCUGAUAAGGCAGUUGAGGUCUUGGUGCAUGGUUGACUCAUAUUCUACUAUUCAGAUGAUUAGGCAGUUGUGGGAGACAUGCGCUUUUCUCAAAAGCAGCUCUAGUUCCUAUACCAGAUUCUUUUGUUUUAAAAGAGAGUGCUAAGUACUGAUUGUUUAUUUACAUGUUGCUAAAAAUAAAAACGCUGUAAUACUGUGCGGUACUUAUACAUGUGAAUACAAGUAAGAGAUACAAAUAAAUCCCAAAUACACAUACAUACACAAUACAAGUAAGAUUUUGGGAACCAUUUUUUCCACUUAGUAACUGUGAAUGAAAAUAUAAUUGCAGCAUAUCAGAGAAAAGGCCUUUUUUCUUUCUAUACUAAUACAAAGUCUAUAUUAUGUAUAAAGUAAGGAAUAUAUAUAAUUGUUCUAUUUUCUUUAUCUUUCACACUAUUAUAUUUUUUAAGUGUCUUUCGGACUCCAUUCUUUCCACAAAAAUCAAUCUUUAUGAGGCCUGACUUUUACUGUCAUUGCUUGAUGAGAUGUAUCUGUACUCAGUAUUUUAAUAAUAUGUGAUAAAACAUAUUUAAUAUAAAAAGUUGUUUAUCCAGAUUUUAUCAUUUACAGUUACAGAUAUUGCCUAUUUCAUGACAAUUCGAAAUCAGUUUCUCAAUUUUUAGCUCGACUAUUCGAAGAAUAGUAGAGCUAUUGGACCCAACCAUGCGUCUGCGUCGGCGUCCCGAUUUGGUUGUUUUUGUAUGUAAGCUGGUAUCUCAGUAACCACUUGUGGGAAUGGAUUGAAACUUCACACACUUGAUCACUGUCAUGAUUUGACAUGCAGUGCAAAGAUUCAGUCACUCUACUUUGCAUUUUUACAAAAUUAUGCCCCUUUUUCAACUUAGCACUUUUUGGUUAAAUUCUUAUAUGUAAGCUGGUGUCUCGGUACCCACAAAUGGGAAUGGAUUGAAACUUUACACACUUGUCCACUGUCAUGAGUUGAUAAGCACUGUGCAGGUUCCAUAACCCUGUUUCCCAUUUUUAGCCCACCAUCAUCAGAUGGUGGGCUAUUAAAAUCACUCUGCGUCCGUGGUCCGUCCGUCAUUCCGUCUGUCCGUUAACAAUUUCUCGUUAUCGCAUCUCCUCAGAAACUACUGGGGGGAUUUUGACCAAACUUUGUCAGAAUGAUGUAUUGGUACCCUAGUUGUGUCCCCCUGAAAAUCAGACUGGUUCAACAAUUUAUGAGUGAGUUAUGGCACUUUGUUUAUUUCUAUAUUUUACAUAGAUUUAUAUAGGGAAAAACUUUGAAAACCUUCUUAUCCAAAACCACAGAGCCUAGGGCUUUGAUAUUUGGUUUGAAGCAUCAUCUAGUGGUCCUCUACCAAGAUGAUUCAAAUUAUUUCUCUUGGGUCAAAUAUGGCCCCGCCCUGGGGGUCACAUAGUUUAUAAUGACUUAUAUAGGGAAAAACUUUGAAUAACCCCUUGUCCAAAACCACAGGGCCUAGGGCUUUGAUAUUUUGUAUGUGACAUCAUCUAGUGGUCUUCAACAUAGAUUGUUCAUAUUAUACCCCUAGGGUCAAAUAUGGCCCCGACCUGGGGGUCAUAUGGUUUACAUAGACUUACAUUGGUUAAGGUUUUGUAUGUAAGCUGGUAACUCAGUAACCACUUGUGGGAAUGGAUUGAAACUUCACACACUUAUUCACUGUGAUAAACUGACUUACAUUGCACAGAUUCCAUAACUCUAUUUUGCUUUUUUACAUAAUUAUGCCCCUUUUUCGACUUAGAAAUGUUUGGUUAAGGUUUUGUAUUUAAGCUGGUAUCUCAGUACCCACUAAUAGGAAUGGAUUGAAACUUCACACACUUGUUCACUGUCAUGAUCUGACAUGCACUGUGCAGGUCCCAUAACUCUACUUUGCUUUUUUUUUUAAAUUAUGCCCCUUUUUCGACUUAGCAGUUUUUGGUUAAGUUGUUGUAUGUAAGCUGGUAUCUCAGUAUCCACUAAUUGGAAUAAAUUGAAACUUCACAUACUUGUUCACUGUAUUGAUCUGACAUGCACUGUGCAGGUCCCAUAACUCUACUUUGCAUUUUUUCAAAAUAUGCCCCUUUUUCGACUUCGCAGUUUUUGGUUAAUUUUUGUAUGUAAGCUGGUAUCUCAGUAUCCACUAAUGGGAAAGGAUUGAAACUUCACACACUUGAUCACUGUCAUGAUUUGACAUGCAGUGCAAAGAUUCAGUCACUCUACUUUGCAUUUUUACAAAAUUAUGCCCCUUUUUCAACUUAGCACUUUUUGGUUAAAUUCUUAUAUGUAAGCUGGUGUCUCGGUACCCACAAAUGGGAAUGGAUUGAAACUUUACACACUUGUCCACUGUCAUGAGCUGAUAAGCACUGUGCAGGUUCCAUAACCCUGUUUCCCAUUUUUAGCCCACCAUCAUCAGAUGGUGGGCUAUUAAAAUCACUCUGCGUCCGUGGUCCGUCCGUCAUUCCGUCCGUCCGUUAACGAUUUCUCGUUAUCGCAUCUCCUCAGAAACUACUGGGGGGAUUUUGACCAAACUUUGUCAGAAUGAUGUAUUGGUACCCUAGUUGUGUCCCCCUGAAAAUCAGACUGGUUCAACAAUUUAUGAGUGAGUUAUGGCACUUUGUUUAUUUCUAUAUUUUACAUAGAUUUAUAUAGGGAAAAACUUUGAAAACCUUCUUAUCCAAAACCACAGAGCCUAGGGCUUUGAUAUUUGGUUUGAAGCAUCAUCUAGUGGUCCUCUACCAAGAUGAUUCAAAUUAUUUCUCUGGGGUCAAAUAUGGCCCCGCCCUGGGGGUCACAUAGUUUAUAAUGACUUAUAUAGGGAAAAACUUUGAAUAACCCCUUGUCCAUAACCACAGGGCCUAGGGCUUUGAUAUUUUGUAUGUGACAUCAUCUAGUGGUCUUCAACAUAGAUUGUUCACAUUAUACCCCUAGGGUCAAAUAUGGCCCCGCCCUGGGGGUCAUAUGGUUUACAUAGACUUACAUUAGGAAAAACUUUGAAAAUCUUCUUGUCCAAACCACAAAGCCUAAGGCUUUGAAACUUGUAAUGUAGCAUCAUCUAGUGGUUCUCUACCAAGUUUGUUCAAAUUAUCGCCCUAGGGUCAAAAAUGGCCCCGCCCCGGGGGUCAAAUAGUUCAUAUAGACUUAUAUAGGGAAAAGCUUUUAAAAUGUUCUUGUCAAUAACUAAAACAUUCAAAUUUGGACCACAUGUAUAUUUUUGAGUGGCAAGAUGAACCUUGACACGAGUUGACCUUGAUUUUGACCUAGUGACCUACUUUAACAUUUUUAAGGUACAGGCUUCAAAUUUGGACCACAUGCAUAGUUUUGUAUUCCAAAAUAAAAUUUGACCAUGAUUUUGACCUAGUGACCUACUUUUACAUUUCCCAAGCUACAGCCUUCAAAUUUGGACCACUUGCAUAAUUUUGUGUACCAAAAUGAACUUUGACCUUUACAUUGACCUAGUGACCUACUUUCACAUUUUUAAGGUACAGGCUUCAAAUUUGGACCACAUGCAUAGUUUUGUAUUCUGAAAUAAAAUUUGACCUUGAUUUUGACCUAGUGACCUACUUUUACAUUUCUCAAGCUACAGCCUUCAAAUUUGGACUACUUGCAUAGUUUUGUGUACCGAAAUGAACUUUGACCUUUACAUUGACCUAGUGACCUACUUUCACAUUUUUAAGGUACAGGCUUCAAAUUUGGAUUACAUGCAUAGUUUUGUAUUCUGAAAUAAAAUUUGACCUUGAUUUUGACCUAUUGACCAACUUACCUACUUUUACAUUUCUCAAGCUAUAGCCUUCAAAUUUGGACCACAUGCAUAGUUUUGUGUACCGAAAUGAGCUUUGACCUUUACAUUGACCUAGUGACCUACUUUCACAUUUUUGAAGGUACAGGCUUCAAAUUUGGACCACAUGCAUAGUUUUGUAUUCCGAAAUAGAAUUUGACCUCGAUUUUGACCUAGUGACCUACUUUUACAUUUCUCAAGCUACAGCCUUCAAAUUUGGACCACUUGCAUAGUUUUGUGUACCGAAAUGAGCUUUGACCUUAAGAUUGACCUAGUGACCUACUUUCACAUUUCUGUAGCUACAGGCUUCAAAUUUAGACCACAUGCAUAGGAUUGUGUACUGAAACAAACUUUGACCUUGACAUUGACCUGGUGACCUACUUUCACAUUUCUCAAGCUACGGCUUUUGAAUUUGGACCACAUGCACAGUGUUGUGUACGGAAAUGAAAUUUGACCUUGAGGUAGUCAAUAAGUCUUGAAAUUUGGAACACUCAAAAAUGGCACAUUGGUGGGCGCCAAGAUCACUCUGUGAUCUCUUGUUACAAAAUAAUGCCCCUUUUUCGACUUUUGUAUUCAGUCAGUUGACUAGGCUGUUGAAUAGUCAAGCAUUGCUGUCCUCCACAGCUCUUGUUUACUUUGAAAAAAUAAAAUCUGUACUAUAAAUGACAUGUUUUAUGAAAGCUUACAAGACAGUUACAAUAAAAAAAAUCUGCUAUGACAUUUUUUACAUGCAAAUUAUGUAAAUAUUGAUAGAUAUUGUAUUGUUACUGUCAUUUUUUGUGUUUAAACAACGAAAUUGAUUGGGCUGACAUUUUUUUGUAUAUAUUACAUUUGUUACUGACUUUGUGCAUCUUGCAAAGGUCCUGCAAUAUAGUUUUCUAUGCAAUUUGAGGAUUUAUUUAUUUGCAAUAUUUUCCAGUGUUUUUAAUUUUCAGACUGUUCCUUUAAGGAACUUCAGGUGUACAUUAUGAAACACCUUUUAUGGCAUUUAUUUUCAAAGUUAACAGGGAAAACUGAUGUCAGUUUUGCAUUCUAGCAUUGGUCGGUCAAAUAUUCUGAAGAUUUUGUUCGGAUGAUCAGUUCAUUAUACAUGUAAUUGCUUAUUGCCCACCGUUCUCACUUAUCUUUGAAAUUAGCACUGAAAAGUGAAAGAUCAACAUAUGUCUUUAAAAAUGUAUCUUCCUUAGAAUUCACCAUAUCACUGUUUUACUUUUUAUUUACAAAUACUUCUGAUUCUCUUUUACAAAAAUUGGGAUGGAUGCCCAAUUUAAGUCCUUCAAAAUUGAUUUAUUGUAAAUCUAAAGCAAGGCUUUUAUUUAUGAAAAAAAAAAGCAUCUUUCUACAGUGUCCGUCCAAUACAACCUUACAUAAUUAUUUGCAUUUUGAAUAUUGUUGAUAAGAUAUAUGGUGAGUAUACUGUUGUUAUGUGACUUUUAUGUUGUGUUAAUAUUUGAUACAGCACUGUGAUACAGAGUAUUUGCUCUUUCUUUAAUUUUCUUUUUAAUUUUAGUUUUCUCUGAUUGUUAAUUUUCAUUAUUUAUUAUAUCAUUUUCGUUGGGUGUGGUUGAUAGCAACAUUUCCAUAUAUAGCACGUCUUUGAAAUGAGACAUUUCAAAAUCUGUAAUAGAGAAAAAAUAUUUCAAACUACACAGUGACAAUUCUUUGAAAGAACAAUUAACAUUUAGGCGCAAAGUGUUUUGGAGGUUGCUGGCAUGUCGUAGCCAAUUAAGAUUCAUACUUUAGGGAGGAUUUUUGUAAUGCUUUGACAUUUUUGUAUGAGUCUUUGACUCUAAGGUUGGGAGAUCAGAACUUAUUCUAUGGUUUCAGAUAAAAAGUUCCAGAAAACUUAAAGACUUUUGUGUUAAUAGUAACCAUUCUUUUUCUCUUAACUACAAAUUCAAGGGCUCUGAUACUAUAGAUAGUGCUUGCCUUUUCCUUUCUAAAUAUUAAGAAUUAGCCACAUUUUUGUUCAGACUUUUUAUUUUUGUAUAUAUUGGAUCUAAAUAUGAAGUAAUACCUUUAAUCAAAGUAUGCAAUAGUUGUAAAAUUAGUUUGUUAUUGUAAGGAUAUUCAACACUGAAAGCCUUCCUUGCCAGCUAUUUAAUUCUGAUUUUAUAAUUUUAAAUCAUAAAAGUAAAAGCAAUUGUUCACUCAUUAAAGGGAUAUACAAUGUAUAAAACUGAAACAUAAAUAGCAAUGUAAGUUUGAUCAAAUAUUUACUUAUGUGUCACAAAAGAUAGUUUGAAAUAUAAGUUUGCCGUUGUUUGCAUUUAAAUAUACAUUGUAUAUAGUUUUGUUUGUGAAAAAAGAAGAAAGCAUUUAUAUAACUAACUAUAUUUAUAAUAUGCAGCGGGUCUGUGAAUAUGUUUUCCUUUUUCAAUAAAAGUAACAUCUACAAAAUAUAAGCUUCUUUAUUGAUUUUAC